UGCGUCUUGUGAAGGCGCUGUGUAUAUCUGUGAAAUUUAGAAUUUAAUUUCUAAUAAAAAAACAUUUUUCGUUUGUAAAGGUAUAUGAGCUUUACAGGAAGUAUUUGUGAUUUAUUGGGAUCAAAUUUAGAUUGGCAAACCCGUUUAGUAUAGUUAAAAAUAAAGCAACAGAAAAGUAUAUCAGAAAUCAAUGGCAGAAGCUGAUUUAACACCGCCUCCACCACCAAGUUUAAAAUCUUCUAGUUCAAAUGAAGGUGAUUGGACCUGUGAAGAUUGUGGAAAUGUAAAUUUUGCUCGGCGAAACAAUUGCAACAGAUGUAAUAAAAGUAAAGCUGUUAAUUUAGCUGCAAUAAAAAAGCGUAAAUUAGGUACAGAGAUAGGUAAAGCAGCAGCAGAAAAAAGUAGAGGUUUAUUUAGUGCAGAUGAUUGGCAGUGUAAUAAAUGUGGUAAUGUAAAUUGGGCUCGUAGACAAUCAUGUAAUGUUUGCAAUGCUCCCAAAUUUGGAGAAGUAGAAGAAAGAACUGGUUUCGGUGGAGGUUACAAUGAUCGUGGUGUGGUAGAAUAUAAAGAACGUGAGGAGUCUGAUGAUGAGUAUGAUGAGUUUGGGAGGAGGAAAAAAAGAAAAAGUCAUUCCAAAAGCGAAUGUGAUAAAGAAGAAGAGGAAGAAAAAAAAGUGACUAAAAAAGACAGUGAAAUUGAAUCUGAACAAGAGGCGGAGGAAGAAGAGGAAGAUGAUGACGACGAUGGAGAUUUGUCCAAAUAUGACUUAUCAGAUUGGGGUGAUGUAGGGCCAGUUAAUAAUAAACUUAGGUCUCGUUCUCGGUCUCGCUCGCCUAUUGAAAAGAGAUAUUAAAUAUUCUAAAUGCCUUUUACCUAAAUUGUGUUGUCAGAUUAAUGUGUCCUCUUUUUAUUAUAUGUUGAUGAGUUAAAAAAAUUAAGUAUUCAGGGAGUCAAAUAGAUUUAGUUCUAAAUACUAUUAAACGAAUACUGUCGGACAGUAUAUUACAAAAAGAAAAGUUUAAUCUGGGUACAGCUAAAUUAUAUGUUUUAUUUGUUUAUUAAUGUCUGUCAUUUAUAAAUACGUGUAAAUAUGCAUUUGAUAAAACUAAUGCUUUCUGUCUGAAAAAGAAAUUAAAUCUGUUGCAGGACUUGGUAGUUUUAGAUUUCUCUUGCUGGAUAUCUGAAAUCAAAUAAUAUAUUCAAAUACCCUGUUUUAAAUUGUUUGACUAGUAAAAACUAAUAUCUAAUGUUUUAAAUUAUUUUUU